CAGGUUCCUGGUGGUAAACUUCAUUUACUGUGUGUAGCUACACAGCAUUACACUGUGCAAAAAUGGUUUUGGCUCCAUUGUUUGCUACAACUAUGUGUACAUUUAUGUUCCCGGUACUGUUGUUUCUUGCAGCAGUGAAGCUCUGGGAAAUAUACUGUCUUAGUAGUAGCGAUCCGGGUAGUGGGUUCCCUCUUCCACCAGGAUCCAUGGGACUCCCUUUCCUUGGCGAGACCCUACAAAUGGUCCUUCAGAGACGAAGAUUCUUGCAGAUGAAGCGCAGGAAGUACGGCUUUAUUUACAGAACACAUCUGUUCGGGAAGCCCACCGUUAGGGUGAUGGGCGCUGAAAACGUGCGUCAAAUCCUGCUGGGGGAGCACAAGCUUGUCUCUGCGCAGUGGCCCUCUUCUGUGAGGACGAUUCUCGGCGCAGGUUGCCUUUCCAGCCUGCACAAUGCGGAGGAGCACAAGCGCAAGAAAAAGGUCAUUUUGAAAGCCUUCUCCCGAGAAGCCUUCCAGCACUACGUGCCUGUUAUCCAGGAGGAGGUGCGGGGUGCUGUGGACAGGUGGCUGCAGAACGGUGCUUGUGUACUAGUUUACCCGGAGCUGAAACGCCUCAUGUUUCGCAUUGCUAUGAGGAUCUUACUGGGAUUCGAAUCCUACCGCAUCAACGGAGAAGAUGAGCGACAGCUUGGAGAGGCGUUCGAAGAAAUGAUCAGAAACCUUUUCUCUCUCCCAAUCGAUGUACCUUUCAGCGGUUUAUACAAGGGACUGAAGGCUCGCAAUGUGAUCCAUGCAAAAAUAGAAGAAAACAUAAGAGCAAAGAUAAGCAGUCAGAACACACAUGCAAAAUACAAAGAUGCAUUGCAGCUGUUGAUUGACCAUUCUGAAAAGAAUGGUGAACAGGUCAACAUGCAGGAGCUGAAAGAGUCUGCGACUGAGUUACUGUUUGGAGGACAUGAGACAACAGCUAGUGCUGCAACCUCACUUGUUACUUACCUGGGUCUGCAUCAGGAUGUGCUACAGAAAGUGAGAAAAGAGCUACAAAGUCAGGAGUUACUGUGCAGCAACAACCAAGACAGACUAAUUGAUCUUGAUAUUCUUGGACGGCUGAAGUACAUAGCAUGUGUUAUUAAAGAAACUCUCCGACUAAGUCCUCCUGUUCCAGGAGGAUUCCGUGUAGCACUUAAGACUUUUGAGAUACAUGGCUACCAGAUUCCUAAAGGCUGGAAUGUGCUCUACAGUAUUUGUGAUACCCAUGAUGUUGCAGAAAUAUUUACAGACAAGGAAGAGUUUAAUCCUGAUCGGUUUAUGUCCAGCUAUUUGGAAGACUUCUCCAGAUUUCAGUAUAUUCCCUUUGGAGGGGGUGCAAGGACCUGUGUAGGCAAAGAAUUUGCGAACCUUGUUUUAAAAAUAUUUACAAUGGAGAUAGCAAAAGGUUGUGACUGGCAACUAUUGAAUGGACCCCCAACAAUGAAAACAAGUCCCACAGUUUAUCCAGUGGACAAUCUUCCUACAAAAUUCACUCUUUUCAAUGGAAAAGUCUAAUUUUUCAAUGCAUUUUGUACAGUAGCAUUGUAACAUGUAAACUAUAUUAGUAUUUUAUAUUUAACUUUUAUAUUUGUGAUACAGUAGCUAUUUAUGUUCAGUAUUUUUUGUGAAACCAAGAUGUGUUCCUAGUAGCAUUUUGUUUUUAUACAUAUGAACAUUAGAUGUAAGUGUUUUAUCAUGAUAUUUAAAUGUGUCAUAGGCUAUACCAUACUGAAGUUUGUAUAAUCAUAUUUGCUGGAUCACUCGCAAAAUCUGAUCAAAUGACAGCAUAGAGCGUGUUUGUACAUUUUUAGUUAUUAACUACAUAGAUGUUAAAACAGUUUUCCAGUGUGCAUUUGCAUUUGUCUUACAUGAUUCAUUAGAAAUAUCUUGGAUCAUAUUUUGUAGGUUUUGCACAUUUUCCCCUUAGUCUAAAAAAUUAUAGACAUCGGUUGCAGUCAUAUUUUGGGGCAAUACAAUACAGUACUUCAAAAUUAUUGAGUUCAAAAAGUCUGUCUACUUACAAUUUGGAAGCAAAAUCUCUGGUUGCAUUUUUUUUUUUUGCAUUGCAUAUUACAUUAUCAGAUUAAGACUAAGAAAAUGCUGGAAGUACUUCAACUGAAAAACAUGAUGAACAAAAGUGUACUUUGCUUAAUACACUGAAGCAAAGGACUACACUUGCCACAAAAGUCGCACUAAAUGAAAGAGUAUACAUUUGUAAUUUAGGUACAAGGGUCAAGUAAAUGGUAUAUAUUGAUAAUCAAAUGCAUAUUUUACCUUCCCAGUGUUUGUUUGCAGAUUUGUUUGUGAUGCAGAUAACUGUGGGCUGCAGCAGACAGCAAUGCACCCUGAUAACAGCACUGCAUUUGCUACUGGCACAACUACAAUAUAUGAGUAUAUAUUUUUAAGCACUUCACAGUGAAGGUAGUAGUAGUUAUGCUCUUGGCUUAUCUGUUUCUCCUUCCAGACAUUUUCUUCAUAGUGAUCUGUCUGACGUUACCUAAUUCAAACACGUUUGAAAUAAAUGUCUGCAAGAGUAGAGCUGUUAUGCAGGAGUUAUUCACUGAUUUUGAACAGACUCUUAGAAAAAUUUAAUGAUGGAAGGAAAAUACUACUGUACCAUGUACCGUUGAUAUGCCUGUUUGUUAUCACUCCUUAUAUUAGAAGCCUUUUUUAAGGAUGUACAUAUUAUCUCUUGGAUUACAACACUAAUUUAUUUAAACACAUUCCUGUUUAAUAUAAGAUUUGUAUUUUCACAGUUUUGCUAAAACUGAUGAAGCUUUGCUACUUAGCAAUAAAAAUAACAUUAAUAAUUUUAA